UUCAAAUAUACAGAAGACGACUUUUUGGACUCACCAUGGGCAUUAUGAAUUUUUUGUGAUGCCAUUUGGAGUAAUGAAUGCACCAGCCACGUUUCCAUGUGCCAUGAACACUAUUCUGCACCCCCAAGGAAGUUUGUUCUAGUGUUUUUUGGUUAAAUACUAGUUUUCUCUCCCUCACAGAUCUUAUUAACGUUGUAUCAUUGCUAUGCUGCACUCAGAAUCUAUAUUCAUUUCUUCCUUACUACUUCCUAAUUUGUCUUUCCUCUCUUUUUGUCACUUGGCAGGGAGGAUGAAAUUGAUGAUAUCCAGAAGGAAAUUGCUGUUUUGUCUCAAUGUCGAUGUCCAUACAUUACUGAGUAUUAUGGUUCCUAUCUCAAUCAAACUAAACUUUGGAUAAUAAUGGAAUACAUGGCUGGUGGUUCAGUUGCUGAUCUAGUAGCUCCAAGCAGGUAAUCCCCUUGAUGAAAUGUCAAUUGCUUGCAUUCUGCGUGACUUGCUGCAUGCUGUUGAUUAUCUACACACUGAAGGGAAAAUUCACAGAGACCUUAAAGCUGCAAACAUUUUAUUGUCUGAGAAUGGUGAUGUAAAGGUAGCAGAUUUUGGCGUUUCUGCACAGUUAACAAGGACUAUAUCAAGGAGGAAGACAUUUGUAGGAACGCCAUUUUGGAUGGCGCCUGAGGUUAUUCAGAAUACUGAUGGAUAUAAUGAGAAGGCAGAUAUUUGGUCUUUGGGAAUCACUGCUAUUGAAAUGGCAAAGGGGGAGCCUCCACUAGCCGAUCUUCACCCUAUGAGAGUGCUUUUCAUCAUACCCCGGGAGAAUCCUCCGCAGCUAGAUGAUCAUUUUUCCCGUCCAAUGAAAGAAUUUGUCUCAUUGUGCUUAAAGAAGGUUCCUGCCGAGAGGCCAAGUGCUAAGGAACUUUUGAAGGACCGUUUUAUUCGGAAUGCUAGGAGGAGUUCAAAGCUUGUAGAAAGAAUAAGAGAACGUCCAAAAUAUCAAAUAAAGGAAGAAGAUCUGGAAACACCUAGAAAUGUCUCAAGAGGGAUAGGGGAAGGAUCAGAUACUGUAAAAGUGGCUAGAGAUGUAAGAGGUGAAGAAAAUAAUCGACCCAGUGAUCAGGGUAAAACCCUGAAAAGUGCUGGAUGGGACUUCAAUAUUGGUGGAUCACAGGGUACUGGAACCUUUCGUAAUGUUUCUCGACCACCUCAGUUUAGAGAGAAGAAAGCUGAAGCAUCACAUAAUCAGGUAACCCAAAGAAAAGCUCCUGAGAGUGGUUAUCAAGGGGGAUCUGCUAAUAGAAGGGCACUUAGUGAGUCACUUGAAAGUUCCUCUGGAAGAGAUCGAGUUCCCUACCAUGAUGAGCAUCUGGACAAUCACACUGAAGAUGAUGAAUUAUCCGGAAAUGGAUCAGGAACGAUUGUUAUUCGAUCGCCAAAAGGGUCAAGGUCAUCUAUAUUCGGUGACCAGAGCUCUCAAUAUAGUAGCAGAUAUUCUUCUUUUGAUGAUGCUUCUACAAGUGGGACUGUUGUUUUACGUGGCCAGCAUGAUGAGCCUGAUUCACCACAGCCACUAAGGUCUCGACUUGGACUUAGUGACAGAAAUUCAAAUUCCUCAAUGGAAGACAGUGCGGCAAAUCUUGCUGAGGCAAAGGCUGCUAUGCAAGGAGGGCUCAGGAAUUCUCGAGAAAGAUUGGCCCGAGGAAAAAUCAACAAUGAUAGACAGGAAGACAAGAAAGAUGGAAAGGCUAGCAGCUUUGACUCUUCAAGGGGCAUGUCAAGAUCACAUCAUGCUAAUAAUGAUGAAGGAAGUGCUAAAAUAAUGUUAUCCUCAGUGCCAUUAUCUGCUUUACUUGUUCCUUCUUUAAAAGAGGCCAUUGCUGAUGAUCCAGAAGGGGCAGUUGGGCGGGCAGUUAUCAAUUCUUUAAUAAACAUGGAGGGCUCAAAACCUAAAUCCUGUGAAGCUCUUCUCAAACAGUUGCUUCAGCGAUUGGCAAGUACAAAGGAAGAUUCAUUGAAGGACCUGCAGCGGCUAGCAGGGGAACUAUUCAGCGAGACCAAGUCCACCGAAGAAACCCGAAACGCACUGGCUGAUAACAGGAAAAAACAACAAAACAAGGAACAUAAUCCUAAUAGCAAUUUAAGUCCACUAGCAAGAUUUCUUCUAUCAAGAUGGCAAGGCCAAACAUCACGAGAUCUAAACUCAUCUUGAGGAGAGUUAGAAGAUACCUAUUUGUGUUAGUCUCUAUUUAUGCAUUUUUUUUCUGAUUAAUUGUACAUAUAUUAUUGUAAGAAAGUGUUCUUCUAUGUUCUUAGUUUUAUUAAUAAUUUAUUUAUUUUGCUUAAUUUUUUGCCCAUAGUGAUAGUGACAGCAGCAGUGCUGUAUAAGUUAGAGGGUUUUCAAAGUUACAAGCAAAUAUUAAAAGAUACAUUUGUUUGUAUUUUCUAAUAGUUGUCUCUUUGCAAACUGGGAUACUAAGCAAAUACACGGAUUAUAUUGUAAAAAUAUCUCAUUGGUUAUCCUAGUUCCCUUUGAACAGUCAA